AUGGUGACAAAGGGUUAUAACUUUCUGUUUUUUCACUGUACAUCCUCCCCGGUUUCAGAUUUAGCAAUGGAUAUUCUUUGUGAUGAGGAGAACCCAACUGCAAACUCCUUAAUCCAAUUAAAUCAUGAGCGAAGACUCUACAAAAAUGUUUUUGUGCCUGGAGAGGUUAAUGCAUCUCAUCUGUUUAACUUGACUGUGGACUCCGAAAACCUGACUAAUCUUUCAUGUGAAGGUAGCUUGACUCCGCCGUGUUAUUCAUCACUAUUUCAUCUUCCAGAGAAAAACUGGCCAGCUCUGCUGACAGUUAUAGUGAUUGUUCUAACCAUUGCUGGAAAUAUUCUUGUUAUCAUGGCUGUGUCACUGGAGAAAAAGCUACAGAAUGCCACUAAUUAUUUUCUAAUGUCACUUGCAAUAGCUGAUAUGCUGUUGGGUUUCCUUGUCAUGCCUGUGUCAAUGUUAACCAUACUGUAUGGAUAUACAUGGCCUCUGCCUACAAAACUCUGUGCUGUCUGGAUCUAUUUGGAUGUGCUUUUCUCCACUGCCUCCAUCAUGCACCUCUGUGCCAUCUCUCUGGAUCGCUAUAUUGCCAUACGAAAUCCCAUCCAUCACAGCCGCUUUAACUCCAGAACUAAGGCUUUCACAAAAAUAAUUGCUGUUUGGACCAUAUCUGUUGGUAUCUCAAUGCCAGUACCUGUGCUUGGACUACAAGAUGAUUCCAAAGUGUUCAAGAAAGGUAGCUGCCUGCUGGCUGAUGAGAGCUUUGUCUUAAUAGGCUCUUUUGUGGCGUUCUUCAUUCCUUUAACCAUCAUGGUGGUCACUUAUUUUUUAACUAUAAAAUCACUUCAGAAAGAAGCUACCUUAUGCAUUAAUGACCUUGGCACAAAGACCAAGUUUGCUUCAUUUAGUUUUCUCCCUCAAAGUUCUCUGUCAUCAGAGAAACUCUUUCAACGCUCUUUGAACAGAGAGCUGGGGAAUUCAGGAAGGAGGACUAUGCAGUCAAUCAGUAAUGAACAAAAAGCUUCCAAGGUUCUUGGUAUCGUCUUCUUUCUGUUUGUUGUGAUGUGGUGCCCGUUUUUCAUCACCAAUGUGAUGGCAGUCAUUUGCAAGAAAUCCUGCAAUGAAGAAGUCAUUGGAGGACUGCUUAAUGUAUUUGUCUGGAUUGGCUACCUUUCUUCGGCUGUCAACCCAUUAGUAUACACACUGUUCAAUAAAACCUACCGUUCUGCUUUCUCACGUUAUAUUCAGUGUCGAUACAAGGAGGAGAAGAAGCCUUUACAGCUGAUUUUAGUGAACACCAUACCUGCUUUAGCAUAUAACUCCAGCCAACUCCAGCUAGCACAAAUGAAGAGUUUAAAAAAAGAGGCUAAAAUGAUGGCCAAGGAUUAUUCUAUGGUUACAAUCGGAAUACAUCCUUUAGAUAGUACCUCAAAGGGCAGUAUUAGCCCAGUCAGUGAAAAGGUUAGCUGUGUGUGA